AUGGAAAUUAUGUCACGAGAAGAGAAAUUCAAAGCCACGAAGCUGCCGGAGCUCAAAGCGCAAUUACAAAAUCGAGGAAUUACCGUUAACAGUUUACCUCAAACCCGGACUCGUAGCUAUUGCUUGUGCCGUCGCAGACGUUUUUCAUUGCUUUUUCAAGUCAGUGAAGCCGAAGACCACUUAAAUCUAAGCCGUCGUUUGAAAGUUCACGAUAUUCAGCUGCCUGAUCCUUUUAAAAUGAAUGUUUUAAACGAUUUUAAGCAUUCUCGCGCGUUGUUUUAUAUAUUUAAUCAUCUCAUAUAUCACUCGUCAAAAUAUGACAAGCAAAGUCUAGCAGCAGCUUAUAAAUAUCUUUUACAUAUC